AUGAUUCCUCAAGACCUAAGUGAAGAAGCCCCGGUAGAAUGCGAUAGUAGAACAAAUGCAGAGGACGGAGGGAAUAUAGGGGGUAGUUAUUCUAUAACUGGGGAGCCAGCAACAGACAUUCCUAGAGGGGAAGAUGGUACUGAACAGAAUGUAGAUGCGGUAAUGGACAAAGUAUUUAGUCAUUUUGAACGAUGGCACUACGAGGGAGGAUAUAGAAGGUUAAGAAUAUUUUCUGGAGUUAUGCCAGUGCCAGCGGGGGAGGAAAAUUAUGAUACCUGGAAAGAAACAGCUACUCAACAGUCAGAAGAAUGGCGAUGCCCCGAACACAUAAAAAAACAAAGGAUUGUUGAGAGUUUGAGGGGUCCAGCUAUGGGCAUUAUCCAUGCCACAAGAAGAAGUAAUCCAAACUCCACCCUAAAAGAUUACUUUGAGGCCUUAGAUUAUUCAUUCAGAACAUUAGAGGAUGUUGGUGAUAUUCUGGCAAGACUAAAUCAUACCUAUCAAGAACCAAAUGAAUCUCUUACUAAAUAUAUCUAUAGAAUAGAUAAAAUCCUGUAUAAGCUCUUGGACAAAGGGGGAAUAGAAGCUAAGGACAUAGAUGAAUGGAGAAUGAAACAUCUUCUGCGUGGAGCUCUUACCAGCAAUCCGGUAGCACAGAGAUUGCGAUGUAGUCUGGCCAAGAGUCCUCCUUUCACGUUAGGAGAAUUGAUUAAGGAAGUGAAAUUGGAGGAAGUACAGGUUGAAAAUAGAGAAAAGAGUUUGAAACGUGUCAAAGUAGUAUUGCCGACAGCUGAGAAUAAUUUAUCAUCUGAAAAGCUAUUUAAAUUAAUGGAAGAACAAAAUAAGAAACUAGAUCAAUUGAUUACUCUACAAACCAAUCUAUCUGCCUCAUCUGCUAUAACUCCCCUGGGAAGAGGAAGGGGGAUUAAUAGGAGAAAUGAUAAUAGGAGUAGUUACAACAAUUUCACCUGUUAUAAUUGUGGACAGUUUGGUCAUAGAGCUUUCGAAUGUAUACAAGGAGGAAAUAUACGAAGGAACACUUCCAGGGUAGAAAGAUCUUCAACACCAACGGAAAACUCCAACGGGACGCCGAUGAACCCCGCAUCGACGCCCAACUUAUAA